UUUCGACCUCGAUUUUUCCCCCUUAAACGCCAACCCUCUGCCUCGACCCAUACCCAAACCCAAACCCGAACCGUCCGCUCCGUUUUCCACCGCGUUCGCACCGCUAACUCCCUCCUCCAACAAUGGGCCAACAGAUCCGACCCAACAACAACAAUCCCCGGCCCUAGAGAAGACGGCCCAAAACCACCCUCCCCCGAGGCCCGAAUCGUGGUUUACUACACCAGUCUCCGGGUAAUCCGGCACACAUUCGAAGCUUGCCGAUCAGUCAUAGCAAUACUACACGGCUUUCAGGUGGUUAUAGAUGAACGUGACAUAUUAAUGGAUUUGGGCUUUAUGUCGGAGCUCCGGGAACUACUCGGGUUAAAACCCGCUGAACAGCUGUCAUUACCUCGGGUUUUCAUUGGUGGAAGAUACAUUGGUGGGGCCGACGAAGUUAAAUAUCUCAACGAAAUCGGUGAACUCAAGAAGCUUGUUUCUGGAAUACCACCGAAAAAGCCCGGCACGUGCGUCACGUGCGGUGGGUAUAGAUUUAUCCUCUGCGCCGAUUGUAGCGGUAGUCAUAAAAUCUUCUCGGAAAAAAUUGGGUUUCGAUCUUGUUUGGUGUGCAAUGAGAACGGUCUGAUUAGAUGUCCUGAUUGUUCUUCGCCUCUUCUCCACCGUCCGAUUUUAGCUCCGAUUAACGCCUGCUGAUUUUCAUAGACAGGUCCAUUUUUUUAUUUUUUUUUUGGGUUUUUAGUUUUGGGUUUGUUUAGGCCCAUUAAGGCCCAAUUAGGUCCAAGAGAAAUUUGACAUUUUGUUUGGAUUUGGUUGUUUUUGUUAUCUAUGUGUUGUGUAAAGUUGAUGAUGACAUAAACGGAAAAAAGGUAGGAUUUUUUUUUGAGAUAAACUUAAUAUUAUAAUGUUUUUUUAUAGUAUUUAUAUUAUAAUUUUAAAAUUAAUAAUUAUGAUGAUGAUGAUGGAAAUAAUGGAGGUUAGAAUUAGGUGGGUUUGACAAAUGUGAAAUGUAGCAUCUUUGGAAGGUUGAAUUCUACUUAAUGUGUUUGGUUGAUAGUUAAUGUUUGCACAUUAUAUACUAGUAUGAAAAAAAGACUGAGCUGGGUUAGAGUUGUCCCUUUCAUAACCCAUGAGUUACUUGAUGAUAAUGAAUCAUGUUGUGUGUUUUGUACUAGUACUACAUGCAUAACAAUGAUGUGUUGAUCCAUUUUUAACGUUUGUGGUGGUCAUUAUUCAAUGAGGUGCCUACUCUUUGUCAUUUUAUCAGUCGGGGUAUUCUAAAAUAAUUGUCGCACUGUCCCUACUAUUAAAGGAAAUACUCGUAUGACAUGAGCUAUUUAAUGUGACAAUUUUUUCCAGACAUGAUAAAUUACUUCAUAUGAUUUAUGAUUAUUGUUUCGGGAUGUGGAAAGUAGUUUUUUGCUUAAUUAAAGCUGUGUCUAUUAAUCACAUAACGAUGUUUAGCAGAUUAUUGUGUUCUUACUGUUCUUAGUGACAUGGGUAUGCGUGCUUUUGAGUAUUUUGAUGAUUUUAAGUGUGUUAGUUUUAUGUUCUCUUAAGGGAUCAUUAAGUUUUUUUUUUUUUUUCUUCCUUCAAGUGUAUGAGCCUCAGCUCCACAUUUAUGUUUGAAGCUUUGAUUUGUUCCAUCUUGUAAAAAUGGAUUCGAUUUCACAGAAAGAAAAUCCCAAGCCAUUGUAUGCUGUGAUAGAUCUUUUAGAGACAGCAUGGUAGCUUUGAAUGUCUAUAAGCUGUUGAGAGGAUGCGUUGAAACAGAAUAUGGUAAUAUCUGCUUUCAAAUGAUACAUCAGAAUAUCAGAUGGGUUGAUUUCAACAGAGUUUGCUAUAAAAUGCUUCAUUUGACAGUAAUGUGCUGCUCCUACCACAUUGCGGUUUCAUUUGGUAAUUUUACUGUGCUAUUUGGGAUGGCUAUGAAUUCACAGAUUACCUGGAUACUGAUGUAAUGAUUAGAGAUCAACAAUUGUAGAUGAUCGAUGAGGGGUUGGGUGAUUAUUGCUGUACUGAUUACUGAAUAGUGGUUGAUGAGUGUAGGUAAGAGUGGUGGUUUUGCUUGCAUUUGCUAUUCCUAAAGAUUCAAUGAUGUGAACAGAAUGUGGUAGAGUAGUAAACCAGAAUUUCUAUUCCAAAGUUAGAAUGAAGAGAUCGAAUAACUGUGAUGUACUCUAUGAAUUUUAAAAUGCUCAUUGUUCAUUCAAUGUACGAAAGCAUAAAGCUGAUGGAGUUAGCUUCCACAAUGUAGGAAUUUAUAGACAGAAUGUGAUUCAAUUGUAGUUACAGCCCAAUGUCCCUAUUUCAUUUGACUACAUCUUUAUAGCCGCGAGGAUUUCCCCAUUAGGCAUAGCUACCUUGUACACAACUCCAGAGCUUCCUGUUCCUACAUUAGCAGAAGUCAAGUUGUUGAUGACAUCUUCUAUUGAGGAUUCCAUCUAUUUGUAGAGAGUCA